AUGAAGUUUGUUUCAUCUGCUGAGACAGAACCAACCAGCACGACAACAAUUUCUGAGGAUUCAAUGCCUCGUGUUGUGAAGAGAAAAUUGCAGAAAAUCAAGCCAAUUGUUGAGUACAAUAAAAGGGGGAAAGGAUGUGGCCCUGCACAUACUGAGAUGCAGUCCUACAUUGGUGUGUUGGCACACUCCAGAGUCCCACUUGUGGACAAGAAAUGGGCUGAAAUCCCCAAGGAUAUAAAGGAGCAUAUUUGGGAAGCCGUUGACAUGGAUUUUGUGGUAGGUCAAGGGGGCAAGACCUCGGUGUUAUCUUCUGCUGCCAAGAAAUGGAAGGAUUUUCAAGUCUACACUGACGAGGCAUUAUAUCCUUCCAUACAUCAAGGAGAGGGAGAAAUUAAGCCAACCCCCUGA